AUACGGGUUUUAUCUGAUGUCAUGUGACCCGUGCUCAGCCAUCUUGUGGAAAACGAAGAGAGAGAGCUCAGAGCCACACAACCCGCAUACAAACCUUGUGCUGUCAGAACAAGUAGAGAACUUAAACGAAGCAUGGCUGAAACCCAGACACUCAACUUUGGACCAGAAUGGCUCCGUGCCCUGUCUGGAGGUGGUGGCAGCAGUGGUGGUGGAAGCAGCAGCACAGUUGCCUCUCCACCCCUUUCACCCGCAUUGCCAAAGUAUAAACUUGCAGACUAUCGCUACGGGAGAGAAGAAAUGUUAGCACUUUAUGUAAAGGAUAACAAGAUCCCUAUAGACCUAAAUGAUAAGGAGUUCCUGCCCAUAUUGCAAGAGGAGCCCCUACCACCGCUGGCACUUGUGUCUUUUACAGAGGAGGAACAGAGAAAUUUUUCCAUGUCUGUAAACAGUGCAGCUGUACUUCGGCUGACAGGGCGGGGAAGUGGGCCGAUAGCAGGAGCACCAAGAGGCCGAAGUACAUCAAGGGGUAGAGGCCGGGGAAGAGGUGAUGGAGGGUUUUACCAAAGAAGUUUUGACGAUGUGGAAGGUUUUGGCCGUGGAGGGAGGGAGAUGCAUCGUUCCCAGAGCUGGGAAGAAAGGGGAGAUCGAAGGUUUGAAAAGCCAGGUCGCAAAGACCCAGAUGCUGCUCCAGGACAUUUUCCGAUGAAUCACAUUCGAGGCAACUAUGAGGACGGUGGAACAGGCCUCCCAAGGAAGCACGACUUCACACGCUCAGAGAGUGAGAACUGGCGUACGUCUCGUGAUGAUCAGAAUGGUGAGGAUGAUGAGGGGGGUUGGCGCCUGGCGGGUUCUCGACGGGACAGUGACCGGUGGUGCCCCCCAAGCCCAGAUGGGCCUCGGUCAGCAGGGUGGCGGGAACACCCAGAGCAGCGACGUCGUUUCCCAUUUGAUGCCAGAGAAGAUGAGCGUGGCUACAGGAGGCCGCGGUCGGGCAGUGGUAGCCUGGAGGAUGAGAGGGACAGCCUGCCAGAGUGGUGUCUGGAGGAUGCAGAUGAGGAGGCGGGUACCUUCGACUCAUCAGGAGCCUUUCUAUCACUCAAGAAAGCAUCCAAGGAGCCCAUUUUGGAGGAGCAAGAGCUUGACUUCAAACCCUUGGAAGAGUGUGAAGAAGGUCUGGAGGAGGAGGACAGUCAGCACCAGGAGACCAAAGAAACAGAAGUGGAGGCCAAGAGAGAGACGGACCGAAAAGAGUUGCCCAGAGUGCAAGAGGAGGCACCACCUGUUACUCCACCUGCUGCUACCCCAGUCUCAGAGCCCCAUGCAGUUCAGUCAUUAUCUCCCCCUCAGACUACAAGAAUAGAAGAGUCUGAGAGGCCAGCUGAGCGGAUAGACAGGCACCCGCCCCUUGAGCUACCGCCAGAACCCUGCAAAGUUCCCCUGCACGUCCCCAUGUCUAACAGCAUGCUGGAUUCCCUACCCAUCACCCACAUUUCUACUGCCCAUACAGAAGUAUCUGCUCCAGCGCCUGCUGUCCAACUACCCCAACCAAAGCCCAUGGAGGUUCCAGUGGCAAUGACCAACCCAUUACCCUUCCCUUCAAGUAUAAUGGCACCCAUUGGCCGGCCCACUACUGUGCCACAUGACACAGAUGAAGAUGAAGGGCUGAAACACUUUGAGCAGGAGGCAGAAAAGAUGGUAGCUUACCUUCAGGAUGGUGUGGUUGACGAUGACAGACUGGCAGUGAAGAGCUCAGAAAAGCCAAAACCUGCAGGUCUGCCCCUCACCCACGAGGCUGCUCUCAAGUGGUUCUACAAAGACCCCCAGGGCGAGAUACAGGGUCCUUUCAGUAACCAGGAGAUGACGGAGUGGUUCCAGGCUGGUUACUUCACUAUGUCUCUCUUAGUUAAAAGAGGUUGUGAUGAAGUAUUUCAACCAUUGGGUGAGAUUAUGAAGAUAUGGGGGAGGGUACCGUUCACUCCUGGUCCUGCACCUCCACCUUUACAGGGCGAUGGUGAUCAAGAAAGGUUGAAGAGGCAACAGGAGCUCACUGCUCUCAACAUGUACCAGUUACAGCAGCUCCAAUACCAAUACCUCCUCAGGCAGCAGUAUGCACAGGCUCUGGCCCAGCAGAAGGCUGCAGCCCUUAGCUCUGCUCCUCUCCAACAGCAGCAGCAACACCAACAGCAGAUAAACCUGCUUCUACAGCAAUACCAGGCUCUCAAGAUAAGAGCAUCUGAGAGCCUCCUACCUCCUGUUACACGGUCCCUGUCUGUACCAGAUUCUGGUUCUGUGUGGGAAAUGCAGAACACAUCCUCUCAGGCUUCCUGUACACCAAACCUCCAACAAGCUGCUCCAAGCACAUGGGAUAGUAGCAGUGUUUGGGAUUUACCUAUAGACUCCAUUGCACAGGCCCCAACCAUCGAACAGAUGCAACAGCUAGAAAAGUCAAAGUCUGCCAAGUUGGAGCUGGAGAGGCGUGAGGCAGAAAUGAGAGCCAAAAGGGAGGAAGAGGAGAGGAAACGACUGGAGGAGGCUCUGAGAGCUCGGCAGGAGGAGGAACGCAAACGCCUAGAAGAAGAAGAACUGGCACGGCAAAAACAGGAGGAAGCAUUAAGGCGGCAGAGAGAACAAGAAGAGGCACAACGCAGGCAAAAAGAAGAAGAGGAGAGACUGGCACAGGAAGAAGCUCUCCGAAGAUUAGAGGAAAGACGGAGGGAAGAGGAGGAGAGGAAAAAACGGGAAGAGUUCCUUCGUAAACAGCAGGAGGAGGAACGCAGAAAGCAGGAAGAACUUGAAGCAUUAAGGAGACAUGAGGAGCAGAAACGAGCAGAGGAAGAGGCUGCAGCUGCUGCAGCGGCAGCUGCUCUGGCCCAACAACAACAAGAGGAGCAGAAAAGGAGAGAGCAGGAGGCCCAAAGACAGCAGGAGCUGCAGAGACAAAGACAGCAGCAACAGGAGGCUCUCAGGCGACUUCAACAGCAGCAGCAGCAACAGCAGCUCGCACAAAUGAAGCUUCCGUCCUCUUCAAAGUGGGGCCAGCAGUCAACAAACUCUAUAAACCAGACUCAGAAUGCUCUGUCAUUAGCAGAGAUUCAGAAACUGGAAGAAGAGAGAGAACGACAGUCACGUGAGGAGCAGCGACGCCAACAGCAAGAGCUGCUGAAGCUACAGCAGCAGCAGGCCUUGCAACAGGCCCAGCAGCCUCAGACCAAACUGUCUGGCUGGGGGAAUGUAGCCAAGCAGCCAGUUGUUACGAAGUCUUUGCUGGAGAUCCAAAGGGAGGAAGCUCAGCAGAUGAAGCAGCGGAAGGAGCAGCAACAUCCACAACACCCCGCUGCCACCCAACAGACCCGCACUCAAAACAGAACUACGACUCUAAGUAGUUCAGUGUGGGGCUCUGUCAACACCAGCAGCUGUGCAAACUGGGGCUCAGACUCGAGCAGUAUCUGGGGUGACGCCCACAACUCUAACAUGGGUUUCUGGGAUGAGGCUGUGAAGGAAGUUGUUCAACAGCCUCCUCAACCUAAGAAAAGCAAUGCACAGAAGAACAACAAGGGAAACGCCAACCUCAGUAAUUCUCUGAGUGGGCGAGCAAACAAAAAGGUAGAAGAGGAGGAAAAGCUGCUAAAGUUGUUUCAGGGUGUCAAUAAAAGUCAGCAGGACACCUUCAUGCAAUGGUGUGAGCAAACCCUGCACACCCUCAACACAGCCAACAAUCUGGAUGUUCCAACAUUUGCGUCCUUCCUGAAAGAAGUGGACUCGCCAUACGAGGUGCACGACUACGUUAGGGCCUAUCUUGGGGACACUCUGGAGGCCAAGGACUUUGCCAAGCAGUUCCUGGAACGUCGUGCCAAACAGAACGCUAACCAACGACAGGCACCGCAGAACCAACAGCAAGCCCUUAAACAGCAGCAGGAUUCAGUAUGGGGUGGAACAGGGUCCUCGUCUCUCUACCAGUCCAACCAUACAAGUGGGCAGCAGCAGCGCUUUGAGACAGUCACCUCAGGGAAGAAGAAAAAGAAGCAGAAGAUGGUCCGUGCAGACCCCAGCCUUUUAGGUUUUUCGGUCAACGCAUCAUCUGAGAGACUGAAUAUGGGAGAGAUUGAGACCUUGGAGGACUUUUAAGGGACUGCAGCCAAGCAAACCCCCCACUGACUGUAUCCGAACUGAACAUCAGCUGUUUUACCCAAACCUCUGCCCCGGCCCCUCAACUGCUUCCACGUCUUACACCUUUCCUUUUUCAGUUUCUCAUUUAUCAGAUAUUCUCCAUUUGUCCCACAUGCAGUCUAAAACGGACAGGUGCUUUUUCCUGUCGCUAAAGGACCUGUAAUCUGAAAGAUGGACAGUGAGACAUCCGACCAGCUGAGCGAGCAUUCGCCAAAAUGAAGUAUUUGGAGGGGCCUCCAGCGGCGUCGAAAUCCGCCUGGUGUCAGAGCCACCGAGUCCCAAACGGUGAUCUGUUGUAGACAUUCACAGCGAUGACCAAUUUAAAAUCUGGCCUCCAUUUGUAAGUGGAUAUAUGGGUGGGGUGUUUGAGGUAUUAUGGGAAAGGUUACAGAGAUUAUAUCCAAUGGGUUUUUUUUUUUUGUUUGUUUUAUUUAUUGAAAAUUUCCCCCCUUACUUGAAUCCCUUCUUCUUUUUCCUCUGUUUUCUGCUGGGUGUUCAUGGAUAACGAUGGCAAAGUAGAGCCCAAGGAUUCGUGCCCACUUAUGUCCUGUUUUAAGGACAUGUUCAAAAGUUCCAAGUAGUUAUCUAUUUCUUGUAAAAUACUAGGCUGUUUAAAGAAUAAACUUUCAAUUCUGCAUCUGUAUUAUAUUAUAUGAAAAUGAACUGCUGGAGUCAUACUUUUUUAUUGCAGUAUGAAAAUAAAACAGUCUAAUGUGUGGGCUGUUCACACCUA